CGGCGGCGGCGCGGCCAUGGACGCCUACCUGCGGUCUCUGGGCUUGUACCGCCAACCCGUCGCCAAGGACGGCUCUUGCCUCUUCAGGGCGGUGGCCGAGCAGGUAUUGCACUCUCAAUCCCGUCAUAUCGAAGUCAGGAUGGCUUGUAUAGACUAUCUUCAGAAGAACAGAGAAAAAUUUGAAGCGUUUGUGGAGGGGCCAUUUGAAGAGUAUUUAAAACGUCUGAAAAAUCCACAGGAAUGGGUUGGAGAAGUGGAGAUAAGUGCCCUUUCUCUUAUGUACAAGAGAGAUUUUAUAAUAUAUCAGAAACCAAAUGUUUCUCCUUCCCAUGUAACUGAAAAUAGCUUUCCAGAAAAGGUAUUUCUGUGCUUUUCAAAUGGAAAUCAUUAUGAUAUAGUUUAUCCCAUAAAGUAUAAAGACAGUUCUGCUCUUUGCCAAUCUCUUCUGUAUGAAUUGCUUUAUGAGAAGGUAUUUCAUGUGGAUGUUAGUAAAAUCAUGAGGGAACUUUAUACUUCUGAUGAGGUAGUUGAAGAAAGUACUGAUAACUGUGAAAUAUCCGAUUCUGAUGAUGACAGUUACAGGAGUAAAAUUACAGCAGCUAAUGAUGUGAAUGGAUUUAAGUCUCGAUCAGGCAACCAGCAUUUUAGGAACAAUGGAAACUCUACUUCCCUUCCCGUAUCGAGAAAGGUUCUCAAAUCACUCAAUCCAAAAGUCUAUAGAAAUAUUGAAUAUGAAAUCUGGCUUCAGUCCAAACAAGCCCAGCAAAAAAGUGACUUUUCUCUCGCUACUGGCUUGCAGUAUGAUGUUGGAGACAAAUUUAAGCCACGUCUAAAUCAAAAUGGGAAGUUUCAUGAUGCACACAGUCAAGAUACUCACUCUGAGAAUGGACCAGUUUUUGAAGAGGAACAUGGAGCGAAAUAUUCUGUUUCUCUGAAGAACCUCAAACCACUUCCUCAGACAGAAAGAUGGAACACUGUCUACGGGAAGAAGAUAAGAAAGCCUUCUUCAACCCCUGGACAAAAUUUUCAGCCUGAUGCAGAUUGCAGAGGGCCAAAAAGUUCAAGCAAGCCCAUAAAAUCCCAGUCACCGCUACCUCCUCGACUUCAGCAAACUGUUGUAACUAAACAGCAGGCCCUCUCCUGUCAGUCCCAUGGGCCACCUCCUCAGCAGGCCUCAACCGAGCACAAAUUGCUAAGCAGGACUCCUUCCCAGGGUAUAAGAAAACCAGAACGUGAGAGAACUGAAGAUUCUGACCAGGCUACCAGAGACUGUAACUAUUUUGGCCUUUCUCCAAAAGAGCGCAGAGAGAAACAGGCAAUAGAAGAAUCUCGCUUGCUUUAUGAGAUUCAACAACGAGAUGAAAAGGCCUUCCCAGCCCUUUCUAGCCCAUCGGUUUGUCAGACAGCUGCUCAGACUACUAAUACUUGUAGCCAGAGAAAGCUACCAGGGAAUGAACGAAGAGGGAACAGGAGAAGAGUGGAUAUAGAGGAACAAAGAGAUAAGGAUGCAAAUCUCAAGCAGAUUCACUUAGAUCAGAAAUUUGAGCAAAGUACCUCUGAGUUUCCAAAGAAUGAUGGGGAUGGCAGUAAAUGUCUGAGAGCUUCAACUCCUUCAAAAUUGAAGAAAACACAACCUCUGUGUCCUGCUGAACAAAAAUCAGCAGAACCUGUGUCAUUAGCAAAUCCUUCAGUCCUUCUAGUCCCUCCUGAGGUACAUUUGCCUCCCACUGUGCCUUCUUUGCCAGCUACUGUGCCACCGUGGCAGUGUGACCCGGCAGCUUAUGGACCUACAGGUGUUCCCUCUCAAGUUCCUGUUUUGUCGGUGACACAGACUCUGACCCCUGGACUGGAUUCUACUGUGUCACAGGCUCACUUAACACCCACUCCUGUUGCUCCAGUUCCCCUGCCUAUCCAAGCAAUUAACCAGCCUAUAAUGCCUUUGCCUCAGACCUUGAGCCUUUAUCAAGACCCACUUUUCCCUGGGUUUCCUUUGAAUGAAAAGGGAGAGCGAGCCACAGCACCAGCAUAUUCACUGUGUAAUACUGGGGAUGAUCUACCUAAAGAUAAAAACGUCCUCCGGUUUUUCUUCAACCUUGGUGUGAAGGCCUUCAGCUACCCCAUGUGGGCUCCUCAUUACUAUCUGUAUCCAUUGCAUCAGGCUUAUUUCACUCCAUGCAGAGUGUAUGCGAAGGUUCCAGUUCCUGUAUAUCCUCACAACUACUGGUUCCAGGAAGCUCCUUCAUCUCAAAGUGAACACGAUUCAGCCUGUACAGAAAGACAUUUUCCCGAACAGAAUGAGUCCAGUGCAAAUGACCAGGGUGCACAGGCUGAGCCUACACCUCCAACAUCCUUCACCACACCCAUGGCUGUACCUCCUUCUCAGGGGUCUGAAUGUCAAGAACCGGUAUCUCACCAGGUUGAUAUAGAAUCCGUGAAUCUCGGACAGCCUCUUCAUGCUAAUUAUGAAGAGUCGCUAGAGGGCAAGGGCGCAUUUCCGCAGCCUCCCUUUGGUCCCGGUCCAUUUUUAGGAGCUGUUCCCAUGCCACCUCCGUAUUUCCCUCCUUUCUGGUAUGGGUAUCCGUUUCAGGGCUUCGUCGAGAAUACCGUGGUGAGGCAUGAUGUUGUCAUCUCUCCUGAGGACAAGGGGGCACUAGCCCUCCCCCUGGAGGACCCAGCUACACCGAAGGAAUGUGAUUUAGUCUCGACAGACCAGGAAGCCAACAGGGAAGGAGCCCUACCCCUCUCGACCGCUCCCAGAGAGGGUAGCGUCCAAAGCGAACAGUCGACCCGGGAGAAGAAAGCGGAGCAAACCCCUGCCGUUUGCCCUCCUGCCUCGGAGGUAAAGGCUCACCUUCAUCUUCCGGUUCCACAUGUGGAAAGGAAGACUUUGCCAUUGGUUCCAGACGCUCGUCUUAAAAGUACCACUUCCGUGGCUAAGGAGAGACCAGAGGAAUCGAGAGAGUCCAAGGCCACGGGAACCACGGCCAGUUCAGUUGACAGCAGAGUACAGAAACCAAGGGAAGAGAGUUCUGAAGACGAAAACGAGGUGUCUGAUAUUCUGAAGAGUGGUAGAUCCAAGCAGUUUUACAAUCAGACCUACGGAAAUAGGAAGUAUAGGCACGACUGGGCCUAUUCCGGCAGAGGCGGGUAUCCCCAUCCCAGAGGUGAGGAGCCUUGGAAAGGGCCUCCCAACCGAAGCAGAGAGGAAGGCUUUCAAUAUCAUCGAAAUUUUAGAGGGCGGCCAUUUCGGGGUGACAGGAGAAAGUCAGCGAUGGGAGAUAGCCACAGGGGACACCACCAACACCCUUAGAAAUCGUCCGUGCGGGCUUCAAAGCAGAAAGGGUUUCUGAAGAGGAACCCCCUUAGUAUUUCCGAACGGUUGUCGGUUUAUUUAUUAUAUAAACACCUCAAAACGGAUUUCACUCCCCUGCCCUUCAUUCUCCGCCCUGUCCCCCUUCCCCUCUUUCCCUGUCCCCCUUCCCCUCUUUCUCUGUCCCUCUUCCCCUCUUUCCCUUUCCCCUUUCCCCUCUUUCCCCCUUCUCUGGAACAAACUAGUAACCUCAGAGUGAAGCCUAGGGGCAAAUGGCUCCUUGGCAUUACAAGCUUUUGGCAUUGACGUGCUACUUUUGGUUUAGUUAUUUGUAGGUUAUUCUUGUUGUGGUUGUUUUUCAGCUAUGAAAGCAGAAACAGCACCUGUUUAUCAAGUAUAAAAAUAAGAUGUUUAAAAUAUAAAACAGAUUUAUUGUUGAUUUUUUUCUCACAGAGUUUGUUUUCGAUAAAUGUUCAGAACAAUUGAAAUGUUUACUGAAGUGACAGAAAUAUAGCAUUUGACCUACCGUAGAUUCCAAAAAUAGAUAACAUUGCACCAAAUAGAAAAUAUAUAUUUUAUUAUACAAUGCCUUAGACAUAAACUGGGCUAAAGAAAUUCUCAGCCUAUAGCACUGUUGUUUUUGAAAUGCUUCCAAGUCCAAAGGCCUUUCAUCUCAGUUCUGUCAAACUUGAAUAUCUUGUCUUUAUGAUACCUAAGGCAGCCAACUAACUUGUGUCUUAGAAAUGUUGUAUAUAGUUCUUUUAAUAUUCAUAGGGUAUAUUUUUGAAUUUAAGAAAGAAAUUGUUGAAAUAGACUUUAGACAGCAGUUAAGAAUAGAUGUUUAUGAAUUGAUAGGAAAUGUAAUCAAACGGCUGUUCCCACCAAGAAUUCACAGCACUGGGACAAAUAUAAUGGUGCCUACUCGAAUGGAGUGUAGAUGCUAUGCAUUUUGAAAAGAAUUCUGUACCUGUUAUAACCACAGAAGUUUUUAAAUGCCACUUUAACACUAAUGCACUGACAAAGAGUCUAAAUAUUUUGUGAGAAGAGAUGCAUAAACAUGAGGGGUUUUUGUUUUUUGGUUUUUUGUUUUUUUGGUUUUUUGUUGUUUUUUUUUUUUUUUUGCUUUGGCUUGACAAAGGUUUAAAUGGUAAUCUACUGUGUUUAUUACUCCUUGCACUGUUUGUUAUGUUUGUUACACUUUGCGUGUCUAGUCUCAUAGCUUAAACUACUUUAUAAAACCCAGAAGAUUUUGACUUGGAGGUCUUUUAUAGAGGCUGCUAGAAAUUGGGUUUCGCCUUGCAUUUUAAAAUGAUCCAUCCCCUUGGGUAACUCGUUUCUUUUGACAACCUAUCGUUCCUUUCUUCCCCUUCCACACGAUUCCACCUCAGCCCAUGCAGUAUUCCUAGUUAUUGCCUUUGCAUGGUGCGCUCGGAGUUUGGAGAGUUGGCUCUCUGAAAUAACACAGUAUUCAGUCAGCUAGGAUGUUUUGUAAAAUGACCUGGGGAUUGAAUUUUAUGUAAUGUACAUCCUGGUAUAAAAGAUGCUCCUUAUACAUUACCUUUUGAGGAAGAAGCUUGAGUGAUAAACAUUGCUAUGCAAGUUCCAUAAUGUUUUUUGCGUGUCACGUAUUACAUACCUGGCCAGAAAUAAACAGUCAACCACCCCCACCUUAACAGAUAUCCUUUUAAAGAUCUUGCGCUGACUUUCCUCUGAGAGCCUGUGCUUUUCUGGUCCACACGAAACCUUCAGAGAGGCUUAAAUGCUGGGCAAGAUUUGGUAAAUCUUUGCCGGUUUGUAUUUCUCCCUAUUUACCUCUGUUUGAAUUAGCUAAGUCCUUGAACCCAAUUACUACUGAUUUGAGUAGCAACUAACAUUUAGGUGCUCUGAAAAUUCUACAAGUUUGGAGAAAAACGUUGAAUGAUGCCAUUUUAUUGAGAUGGUCCUAGGUGGAAGUUGGUAGAAAUUGUAACUGUUGUUUGUGCAGGAGAAAUAUUUAAAACAGAUGUUUAAGGGGAUUCAUAUUAAGAUCCUGUGAGUUCAAACAUGCUGAAGACCUACGACAUAAGCCUUUGUAUCCCAGUACAAGUUUAGUGGUCAGUUAAAUUACGAAAGACUUGAGGCACCUCUAUUUAUAGACUCCAACUUUUAUAUAGCGUGUAAAUUUCAACGCGAUUUCACUAAAAGCCAUUUUUAUUAGUAUGUUUAGAUUUCUAGGUUUAAAUAUAGGUAAAAGUUCAAAUUAAAGGUUUUGAUCUCAGGAGUUCAGAAAGUACAGUUUCCUGAUCCUUUUAUCUCUGGGACAAAUGCUCUGUACAAUCAGUAUCGGGAUGUUUUAAGUUUAAUAUUAGAGAGAGAGCAUUUUUCACUUUUAUCACCUGUUGCCUUACCUCAUUCCCAUAGGAUAGUCUGGAUUCUGUUUUUCAAAGGAAACACUGAAUUGUCUCUCGUUACCGGUCUUAUGGGAAGAAAGUAGAAACAGAACUCAAAGAUUGUUUUAGAAGAUGGUACUUCUUUAGGUGACUUACAGGCUAAAAGCUGUGGCUUAAACAGUAUUCUAGAGAGAGGUUUUUAGAAUUGCUGUUUAUUAAUCUAGGGUUAGAUUAAUUAACCCUAGUUAGUGAGGUCAGAGAAGUGUAAAGUGAGCAAACUUCUCCUGAGGUUCAGCCUGUCUAGAAAUCACAUAGGAAUGUGAAAGUUAAGAGUGCACAAAAGGUGAGACCUCCUUGAUAUGAACAAAACUAAGAGAUAAGAGCCUCAUUUAUACCUUGAGUAGGAAAUGAUAGGACUUCAACAUAUUGGGAAAAAACAUUUUAAAAUGCAAUUAUUCCAGGACUGCUCAAAGUUAAUCUGAUUUUUUUUUUUAGGUACUGAAGCUGAGUUUGUAGUCUGUUCUUGCUUUGUAGUAUUCUGUUUGUUUCUCCUUUUUUGCUUUAGAUUUUUGUGCGUUCGUACCGUUGCUUCAGUCUCAUUCACCUUAGACAUGUUCCUUUCUUUUGAACCCAUGUGAGGUGACUCUCCCAUGCUCAAAGCGUGCCUUAAUUUGGCCAGCGAUGACCAUGGUACACCUCUUGCUCUACAUUUUUUCAGUACUCUUUUCUAUGUGUUGCUUUUAGUCUAACUGAGGGUCAUUUGUGCUAAAAUCUCUGUGAAUUGCUAAGCUCUUUCAGACUGACUGGUGCAAUAAAAUUCUUUGCUAAUCACUUCGGGCUUAGAAACCAUUUCAGCCAACCCUGAAACUAGCAAUAUUUAUGGAUUUGCAUCAUAAAUGAUGCCCACUUUAUUGUAUGCACUUCUUCUCCCUUCAGUUUUUGAUGAGGUAAUUCUUUUGCCUUUCCAUUUCCGGUACUAAGCAAGGUCCACAGUGGUGUAGCCGGGGAUCCUGCACAUCGUGGCUACAUUACUUUUGUUUACUGCAUUUUCUCCCAAUUUUAUGCCUGCAGGCUACUGUGUUUUGUUCAGGAAUCACUAGCUGAUAGUUUUCUGUGUAUCGAUUCAGUGAACUGAGCGUUUUGCUAGGUAGUAACAGCCAUUUACUCUUUCCGUGAGUAAGGGUUUUUUUGUUUUUUUCCAAGCAAAUAUUUUUGCAGGAGCUCGAUGUACACAGCAUAGAAAAGGAGUGGGCACAUGGCUUAAUACUGGACAACAGCAACUUUUGGGUUGAAUUUACUUGAAUGGUAUAGAGAUUGCAUUGUUUCAGGCCUAGGGAAAAAUCUUAUAUAUAUGAAAGAACGUAAUAGCCUUACACUGAGUACAGAUAAUACUUUAAGCAUGUGAAGAUGUGAUCCUUUGUGAUGUUACUUGUAAAAAAAAAUAAGUAUAUAUACACAUAUCUUUUGAUGUGUUGAAAGGAAAAUAGUACUUUAUAUUCUUUAUCAUCACUUUUGUAUGUGUUCGAUAUAUUCCUGUUUAUUUUUCUAUGUUCUGUUUUGUAGCCUUAAGAAGUGUUUCAAAAGUAUCUGAAUGUAUAAAAGGAGAUUAAUGCCCUACAUUGUGUGAUGCUGCAUUGUACAUAAAACUGUGUGCAUAUAUUAAAUUUUGUUUGUCUCAAA